UCCUUUUCACUUUCCGUUUUGUUUUUCCAACAGCCACCGAAGUUGCGGGCAGGUAAAACCAGGGACUUCCUCGACCCUGGCUUUGGCCUGCGUCGGAACCGCCAGGCUUGCUGGGAACAGCGCCCAACCGGUUCCUCAAACAGGUUGUGCCACGUGGCCUUGACCCGUGACACCCCUGCAGCUCGCGCCGAUUUGCACUCUCGGAGCGAAUGAGUCUUCUGGGCGGCUUCUCAGCCAGACAGCCCCGAGCGCUAUGCAAACCCAGUCCGACUGGCCUCCGGUGACCGACGACAUCCUGCGGCCUUCGCCUUUUGCGCAUCCUGGGCUGCACACCCUCCAUUGCGUGGCCCGCGUGCUGCUCUUCCCGACCUACUGGGCUCUGGACCAGUUGAUUGGCUGCUGGGCACCAACAGCGCGCCCCAGCAGGCUGAGAGCAGCAGCUGGCGGCGGGGUGGCGCUGCUGCUGCUCCUGCUAGUUGGCCUACCGCUGGCGUUGCCUGGCUUGCUACUCUGGCUGCCGCUGCAGGCCUGUCGCCGCCCCUUCUGCUACCAGCCCCCUCCUCCGUGCUGGGUGCCGCCCACGCCCUGGCGCCCGUGCGCUGAGUUUGCGCGCUGCUUUGUCUUCCUCACUGCCAACCUGUGCCUGCUCCCCGACGGGCUGGCGCGCUUCAGCAAUCUGCCACACAGCCAACAACGCGCAGAGGCCAUUGGCGCUACGCUGUUAAACGGCCUACGGCCCUCGCUUUAUGGAGCUACCGGAUGCAGCCCACAAAGGCUUGGGGAGCCAGGCGGGACGCUGACGGCCCAGAUGCCCGCGGGGCUGGACUUUGUGUGCCUGCAGGAGGUGUUCGAUAUUCGCGCAGCUCGACGCCUGGUGCGCUGCUUGGCUCCGAAUCUGGGCCCGGUGCUGUAUGACGUAGGCACACUUGGCCUACAGCCUGGGCCAUACUUAAAACUGCUAGGCAGCGGGCUCCUGCUGGCUUCCCGCUACCCGCUUCUGCGUGCCAACUUCCGUUGCUUUCCCAAUGCGCGUCGCGAGGACGCCUUUGCCUCCAAGGGUCUACUAUCCGCUCAGGUGCAACUGGGCAUCCUGGACGGGCACCGCGUAGUGGGAUUCCUGCAUUGCACGCAUUUACAUGCACCCACUGAGGAUGGGCUCUUGCGCUGCAAACAGCUGACGCUGCUACUGGACUGGGCAGAGCAGUUUGAGGCCGAGAGCCGCCAGAGUGGUGAGGCUGUGGCCUUUAGUGUGCUUCUGGGUGACCUAAAUUUUGACAACUGCUCAAAAGACCACGCACAGGAACAGGGGCACAAACUCUUUCGCUGUUUCCGGGAUCCCUGCCGGCUGAGCACACGCCAGGAUCAGCCUUGGGCCUUGGGAACCAUCCUAAGCACCUCCACCCUCCACCAAUCAGUAGCUAGCUCACCGGAGAUGCUGCGGAGGGCCCUAGAGCAGGAGAAAGGGCGCCACCUCUACCUGGCAGGCCCUCCCCGCGGAGGCCGUCGGGCUAACCCCUGGCUGGGCCGGCGUCUGGACUACAUCACCUACCGGGAAAUGCCUGGGAGUGUGCUGAUUCCAGUAAGUGCCAGAGUUCAGGACUGCUGGGCUUGCUGGCACUGGAACCAUCCCUCAACCUGGUUCCUGCCCCCAGGAAGUGGAACAGGUUAUGUUUAGUACAGCCCUGGCGGGGCUCACAGACCACCUGACCGUGGGCCUGCAGCUCCGAGUUUCGGCGCUCUCCUGACACUGGCACAAAGGAUGCUGCCGGCAACACAGACCACAAGGCAGAGCACGAGUUUGGCCUGACAGCCGUGUCCCACAACUGGGCGAUGUAAGGGAUCUUUAUUACGGGGGCCUCACACAGCCUCUUGGGCCCUGCGGUACUCAUAGACACUACCCCGCUCUGAGAAGGCAGGGGAUUGUGGGGGCGAGCCCUGCGAUGGGGCAGGGUCCUCUGGGUUCCCGUAGCCACCACCUCCAGGGGUAUGAAGGCAGAACACAUCCUGUGGAGAGAGGCGGGUUCAGAACAGGCUUGACCCUUCCCAGCCCGAGCAGCAUUCAUCAUCUUAACGUUUGGACCCCAGAGACCCGGCAUAUGACCCACUGCCCUUCGGGAACCAAAUUAAACUCGCUAUCUGGUUA